ACAGUCUGGCGACGUCCUGCGCGGGAGUGGAAAACGUGCAUCCGACUGUGCGGAAAAGGAGCGGUGUGUUUCCCUGGUUAAAAUUUGUGCUACAUCAACAAUCUACAGAAGUACUAACGACAUUCAGGUUUCCUCUACACGUCGGCACACACUAGAGCUUGAUAAUACCCUCAGCAUGGCUCGAGACUGGAAACCUGGUGAUCUGAUUUUCGCCAAGAUGAAGGGCUAUCCUCACUGGCCCGCACGAAUCGAUGAAGUCCCAGACGGUGCUGUGAAGCCAUCCAACAUCAAGUUUCCCAUCUUCUUCUUUGGCACCCAUGAAACAGCAUUUCUUGGCCCAAAAGAUAUUUUUCCGUACCUGCCGAACAAAGACAAGUACGCCAAGCCCAACAAGAGGAAAGGCUUCAAUGAGGGAUUGUGGGAGAUUGAGAACAACCCAAAAGUUGAGCUCACCGCACCCAAGCCGGUUCCUCCAGAAUCUUUCACUGAAAAGGAUUCAGACAGCAGUCCAGAAGGAGAGGAGGAUGCAGACGACAAGGGGAUAAAAUCCAAAGUUCCAGGAGUUGAGGCUGAGCAGGAGAAUGAGAAUGAGGAGGAGGAGAAGGAGGAGGAGGAUGAUGAGGAGGAGGAGGAGGAGGAGGAAGGGUCUCUGAUCUCUGAGCAGGGUCCUCAGGACCAGGAUGGCGCCGCUCAGAAAGAAUCCACAGAUGUUCUUAAACCCAAGAGAGGAAGAAAGAAAAAGAGUGAAACUGACCAAGAGACUGAAAAAGACGAUGCUCCUGCAAGUCCUGUUAGUCCUUCAGGUGGAGAGGGCCCCAAGCGAAGAGGCAGGAAGCCCAAAAGUGAGAAGUUGCUUCUGCUCCAGCAGCAGGAUCAACAAGGCUCAGGCAGUGAAAUGGACACUGCUGAAUCAGACAGAAAAAGAAAGAGGGCACUAGAGGACAAAUCCAAGAGUGGAGAGGAGGAGAAGAGAAAGAAGAGGGAGGACAGCAAAGGAAAGGAUGCAGACGUGAAGGAGCCUGAAGCCAAGAAGAAGAAGCAGUCCAAGGAUGACAGCUCCUCUGGCUCUGACGAUGAAGAGAAAAAUAAAGGCAGAAAGAAACAGCAAAGCUCAGAAAUCGACAAAGAUGUGCGGCGACGGAAAGCAGAUGAAUUAAGAGAGCCGAACAAAGAUGAUGGGAAGAAAAAUGAAGAGAGGACAGGAGUUAAGAAGAAAGAAAUGUCAACUGACUUGAAACUCCACAGACUGCACAGUGAAAUCAAGAUUUCACUGAAAAUUGACAACCCUGAUGUGAAGAAGUGCUUGGAGGCUUUAGAUGAGAUCGGAUCCCUCCAGGUCACAACCCAGCACCUGCAGAAACACAGUGAACUCAUUGCCACACUCAAAAAGAUUCGCAGAUUCAAGGCCAGUCAGGACAUCAUGGAUAAGGCCACCAUGCUGUAUAACAAGUUUAAGAGCAUGUUUCUGGUCGGAGAAGGCGACAGCGUGCUCAGCCAGGUGCUCAACAAGUCUUUAGUCGAACAACGGCAGCAUGAAGAGGCCAAGAAAGGAGCGCUGAAGAGAGUCGAACAAGCCAAGGAAAACAACUCGGACAAGCUGACGAAUGGCGAUAUCAGCCCAGAGGAGAAGACGCAGGAGACGGAGCGGGAGAAGCUGCAAGAAGACGCCCCCGCAGGAGAGAAUCACAGUGCCCCAAAAGCUCAGGAAGAGUCCACUUGAGUGUCCUACCUGCCUGAAGGAAAGAGAGGACAUGUGCUGCUGUACUCCUUUGUUCAAACUGGGAUCUCUGGUCCUGUUCCUUUUGAUGACUGAUCACUGUCACUGGUUUCCAGUUCACUGACUGUUUUCGACAGUUUUGCUGCUCAAAGGCUUCAGUACAUCAAACCCCUCCAACCCCAAGAUACUGACUGACUGACUGACUGACUGACUGACUGACUGACUGACUGACUGACUGACUGACUGCAUAGUUUAUUUUUGUACUUUGUGUAAUCUUUACCUUUCAGACAACUCUUCUCACAUACAUUGUCACAUCUGUUGAAUUUCAUGAACAGCGUAAAGAGUAAGAACUUGUAGAUCUGCAACACUGUGAACUUAGAUCUUAAUGAGCAUGCUAACAGAGAGCAGGUUAGUACCAUUUGGUCCUUUUUUUUUUUUUUAAAUGGAGUAGAUGGUUUUUAUUUUACUCUAAUGUUUCCUGUGCAUUUAAACUUUGCCUUUUCACAUUUUCAUAAUCAGCAGUUUGAUCUUAGCUUCUCUUACAGAUGAUUUCAAGUACGGAGACAUAGCUGUAGUUAGAAAACACCAUUACCAUAGAUACCUAUUCACAUCAGAUGCACACACCGAAAAUUCUGCAGUUUUGCCAAAGUUUCUUUUGCCAAGAAAAUGCUUUAUUCUCAACCAUGUGCAAGUGUCUGUUUUUAAAGUUGUUUUUCUUUUUAACAUAGGUGUAAAUAAGAGUAUUUUUGUGCCUGUCUGAUGACCUGUUUCAGCAUUCAAUAAUAAAGCAGUACAUAUAGUUCA